GUCAAGGUUUUUGGGUGGCGCUGGCUAAGAAAUAUUCUACCUACAAGUGCAAAGGUUUUGGAUAGAGCCCAACAACGCAGUGAAGGAUGCACAUUCUGUGAUCUAAGAGAAACCCAAGAACAUGUGCUUAGGGAGUGUAGCUGGGCUAGAAGGGUGUGGCGAAGCAGUCAAUUGAGGAGCUUGUUCGAGAAAGGAGAGAAUAUUACCUCAAAAGAAUGGUUCUGCGAACUCCAGGAAGUGGAAUCGGAGGAGACAUUAGGAGUUUUCCUUGUUGCGUUGUGGUUCAUCUAGGAUCAGCGAAACUGCCAACUUUGGAACAAGAAGAAGUUAGAGGAGUGGGAAAUCAUGCCCACAGCAGCGGAAUGGUUAAACAAUUACCUGGAGAAGCAAAUUCGCCCUCAGAUUCUGGUUGGGGAAACGGAUCGAAGAUGGCGACUACCGCAUCUGACGCCAGUGAAGAUAAAUGUCGACGCGACAUAUUUUGAUGGUCGAGGAACAGGCUGGGGUGUAGUGGUUCGCGAUGGAGAAGGGUGAUGCCUGCUUGCAGGGGUGAAACGUUCGUGGAUGCGAAGGCGAUUGAGUAUGAAUUGGAAUUGGCAAGGAGAUUCGGUUGGUUGGAAGUGGAAAUGGAGUCAGAUUGUUUGGGGGUGAUUCAGAUGAUACGAAGGGAAGAAGAGGUACGAACGGAGCUGGGCUGCCUUUGUGCGGCGUUACGGGCCCAGGGCCAAGAGUUGGUGAAAGUAAUUUGAAAAUUUACGGGCCGAGAAAAGAAUCAAGUGGCCCAUGCUAUGGCCCAGGUUGAAUGCCAUUGGGAUGAGGAAGAGAUUUGGAUUGAAAACCCACUUAUUUUCAUUGUACCUCUUCUUUUAAAGGACUUGUUUCGAAACUCUGAUUCUACUUGGUCAAUAAAUUAAUAUAGGUUUCCCUAAAAAAAAAUAAGGUUGUUGACUAGACUCUUGACAAAGGAUGACGUGACUUUUUUCUUAACUCACUAGGUGGCUAAAAAUGUAUAUUAAUUGAAAAAAUAUUAAAUUCAAGAAAACCCCAAGAAAUAUUUCUCCUUGCCCCGUCAACUUCUUCUUCCUACUUUCCAUCUUCUUCAUCAUGAGCACCAAAAACCUGAAUCCAAAUCUCCCACCCUAGUAAGAAAUUUUGUCUUGGUGU